CCACUUCCACAGUGUUCAACAAAGUCGACCUCAAAUCUGGCUACCACCAGAUUGAGAUGGCAGAGGAGGAUGUCUAUAAGACAGCCUUCAAGACCAGGUAUGGUACUUACGAGUUCCUGGUCAUGCCAUUUGGACUUUGCAAUGCCCCAGGUACCUUCCAGACAGAGAUGCACCGCAUCUUCAGGCCUUACCUGGACAAGUUCAUGGUUGUCUACCUGGAUGACAUCCUGGUAUUCAGCAGAACUGCCAGGGAACAUGUGGAGAACUUGGCUUUGGUCCUUCAGUCGUUACGCGACAACCAGUAUAAGAUCAACAGGGAGAAGUCCUCCUUUGGAGUUCCCUCUGUCAUCUAUCUGGGUCAUGUAAUCUCUGGAGAUGGCCUGACUCCUGAAGCAGCCAAGAUAGACUCGACUUUUGGGCCCAUAGUGAGGAAUCUACAAGCGGAUCCCAAUGCUGAGUCGGGCUAUGCCCUGAGUUCAGACUUGUUGUAUACCUACAGCAGAGGUGAGGAGCGCUUGUGCAUUCCCCAGGAUCAGCGGCUCAGGACACUGCUGAUGUCAGAGUAUCAUGAUGCUCGCGGACACUUUGGGUUCGUAAAGUCGUAUGCAGCCCUGUCGCAACGCUUCUUCUGGAAGGAGAUGCGGAGUGAGAUGCUGCGCUAUGUGGAAACCUGCGAGCUCUGCCAAAGGAAUAAGGUUCAGCGUAGGCGUCCUCUGCUCAAACCCUUACCCAUACCUGAUGGCCUUGCUGAAUCUGUGUCGAUACACUUCACAGAUUUAGGCAAGACCACCCCUCGUGGCAUGCGUCAGGUCAUGGUCUGCGUGGACAGGUUCUCCAAAUACGCAGAGUUCAUCCCCUUGCCAGAAGUGGCCAGAGUUCCGGCUGUGAGAGCCGCCUUUUCAGAGAGGAUGACGAAGAGCCGUAGUGAGGCCAUGAAGAAGCACUUCACGGAAGUGGGGGACAGCGGCAGAGCCGACAAGGGCGCCUCGGCAUACUAUGGCAUUCUGAAGAGGGCAAUAGAGGAGAUAGGUGCGGAGGCAGUGGUGGGGGUCGUUAUGGACAAUGCUGCCGUUUGUGCAGCUGCGGGGCGAAUGGUGGAAGCGGAUCACCCGCACAUCUUCUCGGUCCCAUGCACAACUCACUCGCUCGACCUCAUUUUCGAGUCUUUCGCGAAGAUCACGUGGGUGGGCGAAGUUAUUAAAAGGGCGUCGGAGGUAGCAAAGUUCUUCACGAACCUUUCGCGGGUGCGGGAUCGCCUCCUCCACUACUCCAAUGGCAGCGUCGUGGCAAAACCGGGUGCGACCCGAUUUGCCACGAACUUCAUCAUGCUGUCGAGCCUGCAGGGGUUGUACUUGCCGCUGCGAGCGUGUUUGACGGACGAUGAUUGGAAGCUAGCGAUUGUGCACACUUCACAACACGAACUGUUUGUGAGGGUGACACAUGCCAUCUUCGAUGACACCUUCUGGGCAGAUAUCGAGAAGGUGAUGCAAACGUCCGAGAACCUCCUCAAGCUUCUGAAGAAGGUCGACGGCGCGGGCCCCACCAUCAGUAAGGUGUACGCCCGUAUGGACAGCGCUGUGGAGAAACUAAGGGAGAGCAGGCACUUCACGAAAGCAGAAAAGGAUGAUCUAGAGGCUAUAAUAAUGCGGCGCUGGAAUACAACGACUUCACCACUGCAUUGUGCUGCGCUGUUUUUGGAUCCGGAGUACAGAGCGUCGCGGCCGGAAUCCGAUGCAGAGAUUGUGGACGGGUUUUGGACAUGGCUUUACUCGUGGUGCAAGGAGGCUGCGUACAGGGAGGUCGACGCGGAGGUCUGUUCUUGGAUCGAGGGCACCGGGAGGCACACUACCGAAAAUGCAAGGAUACAAGCCCGUACGAUGCAGCCGGCGAGGUGGUGGCGGAAGUGGUGCAGCGAUAUGCCCAUCUUCCAAAAGCAAGCCGUUCGGCUCCUUGGACAAGGCCCCUCCUCCUCUAGUUGCGAGAGGAAUUGGAGCUUGUUCGAACGGAUUCACAGCCGUCUCCGCAACAAUCUUGGCGCCGUCAAGAUAAGCACGCUGGUUUUCAACAGAUGGAACCAGCACUUGUUGGGCUUCUUGACCAAGAAACCGAAGGCUGACGAUGCGGCGAAGUGGGAAGAGGAUGAGCCGGUGGAAGAUCUCACACGAGAUGAGAUGGCGUCGGAUGCACGCCUGCGGUUGGGAGAGUGGAGUGCCCGCUUGCGCGGAACACAUUCGGUCCACGACGAAGGUGAGAAUGACGACUCGGGCUCAGACGAGGAGGACAUUCCUGUCCAAGCGCAACAAACGGCUGUUGAGGAGGAGGUCACAGUUCAGCAUCGUCGGCUGCGCAGCGAGUUGUUCGAGCUCGAGAGGGAGCUCAACGAGUCGUGGAGGAAGGCAACGAAAGCUUCCAAGUUUUUGGCCCGGCAGCAUUUGCAUGACUUGGAUCAGGCUACGAGGACCAUGACCCCCGAGCAUGCCAACAAGUACAAAGCUGCGCGGGCUGCUGCAUGUGCACCACCCUCCGUACCCGCCAAACGAGGGAGAGGGAGACCUCGAAAGGACGCUGCGACUCAUGGGGGGACAGGUGACGAGGAAGUUGAGGAUGCGCAAGGUGGAGAUUUGGAAGGGGCUGGUGCACCCACACGUGCGACAAGAAACCGGGGACGACCACGAAAGGCGCCCGUGGAAGAGGAGGAGGCUGGAAAUAGAAGGGGGACACGAAAGCGGGGAUGUUUGCAGGUGCAGCCCGCCGAAGAGGAGGAGGAAGCAGCGCUUGAAAAGACGAGCAGCGCUGACAAACAUGGCAGCAGCGGCGGAAGCAGCAGCAGCGACGAAAGCGGGGCUGAGCAUAAUGAAAAUGACGGUAGCGCCGGCAGCGGAGGUGCGCGUGAUGGCAGCGGCAGCAGCGAUGAAAGUGGAGGUGGCCGUGGCAGCAGUGAUGGAGGCGAGAAAGAUGGGAGGUCGUCGGAGGAAGAGGACGACUCCGAAUGCGAAGGCCACAACCGCAUCGCCGCACGUGACGGGCGGGCAGCCGCAGCAGAACAGCAGCUACCUCUGCCCCACCCCUCUGAGAUGGACAACCCCACGGUGGACAAUGCCGCAUCCGGCAGUCCACGCGAGGCAUGCAGCUCGAACCCCCCGGCCCCACAGGCGCAGCAGGAGGGUUCCACUGCAACUUCCGCGGGAACCUUCGACGAUGCACCAGUCCGGCAGCAAGGAGAGACCAUGACGGCCUUCCUGACCCGCCUGGGCACUUACAUGCAACAAGUCCAAGAGGAACAGCAACGUGAGGCCGCAGCCGAAGAGGCACGUCUCAAUACCAUUGCACACGCAGAAGAGCAACGGCGCCGGCAGCAAGCGGACACAGCUGCCAAUCAUAACAAAGCUCGACGAGAUGCCGCGUCUGUCCUCAUGCAGCAGGAAGCCGCUCAUACCGCCGCACUCCAAGCAUGGCAUGUUGAUCCAGCAGAAGCAACGAAACCAACUGCGGGGGACCAGACUAAGUCAGCUCUCGCCAGCAUGAUGCACCAAGUCAUCCUCACUUGUAACUGGCAACAAGUGGAGCUGGCUCGGCAGGCACGUACCAUCACUGAGUACGAGGAGACUCUCAAGAGCCUCCACGCCCGCCUUGACAUGCUGGAGAAGGGUGACGUGCCGAACAGGCACACGGCAUCGUCAAGCAUUGAUCCAUCAAUCCGCGAGCUGGAAGGACGGCUGGAUCACCUGGUCGCGCUUGUCGGCAAUUUGAACAGUUUCCGACACCCGACGACCAUCAGCCAGCAAAUAGCCGCCCUACAAGCGGAUCUGCGUCAGCUGCAGCAGCAACCAACUGGGACCUGCAACAGAUUGACGCCGAAACAAUUCAAGAUGCCGAAGUUCAGCAUCGAGAGGUCUGAUGACUACUACAAGGCGGACCCCAUCAGUUGGUGGCAAGGGUUCACCAAUGAGCUCUCCAUCCACUUGGUCCCGCCCGAGUCGAAGAUCUCAGCGCUUUACCUCUGCAGCACCGGUGCCAGCCAAGUGUGGCUCAACCACCUAGCUCAAACCGAAGGCGUCGAAGUCUCGAAGCUUUAUACCAAGAUCACUUGGGAGGCCAUGACUGAGAAGUGGAGGAAAUGCUUUGUCGUCGACGACGCUCAGGGCAAAGGCGUGAACCGGAUCUUCAGCAUGCAUCAAGGCAGCCAGCCAACACGCGAAUGGCUAACCGAGUGGCAGAAAAUCGUGACGAUUCCGAAUUUGGAUAUCCCAUUCGUACAUCUUCGUCGUGAAUUCUUCCAGCGGUUAGUGGACGCGUUGAGCACGGCCCUUGGGGAGCGCAGCCUAUACACGGACUUCGACCAGAUUGUGGAGAAGGCGCGUGAAGUCAUCCAAACCAAUCGGUGGGCAGUCAACGAGCGGCGAAGCCAACCGAAUUUUGUGGAAAAGGGCAAAGGCCCGCGGCCGCAGCAAGUCGCUGCUGUCAAAGGAAAUGGACAAGAGAACGACCAGGCGAUGACUCACGAGUCUAGUGAAGGAGACGGAGUCAACGCCCUUCCGCCACGACGCAACAACAACAACAACAACAACAAGAAGGCGAAAUAUGCGUCAACAACGGAAGCUGGACAGCCGAAUGAGCCAUGGAAGAAGUUCAGCCUCACGGAGGAGCAAUACAAACUCCGCCAGAGGUGGAAUUGUUGCUAUUGGUGCAACAGCACCAAGCAUACGACGUCGCAAUGCCCUGAAAAAGGCAAAGAAGACGUCCAUCCACGACAAAAACUGAGCUUCACGGGAAGUGAGGCGACUCCACUUACUACUUCGCUGGACACGGUUGCCUUGCUAACAACCUCCUCCACGUCCGGGGAACAUGCGUAUGUCGCCAGUCUCCACGACGAUUAUGAAGACUAUGCUGUCCAGCUGGUCCCGCCGUUGGACCAACCUCUCCACGUGCAAGAGUCAUUUGCGUGUGCGACUUCAUCACCAUCGCCAAGUGAACCAGCAUCCUCGCCGGCAUCACUCGGGGACGCGUCGGUGUGGUCUAGACUUGAGGAACUCGACCCAUUGACACCGGAGGACUUCCAAUGCGAGGACCACCCGGUUGACUUCUACCGCCGCACCGUUCACGUUCAUGACCGGAACGGGGUACUUGUGCCAUGUACGGUCCCCCCACCUCAUCCUUCGAUUGGUUGUCACGUGGUCUCCGCGGCAAGCAUUCGCAACUCCAUCGCACGGAACGACGUGGAGGAAAUGGGCAUUUGUUUCUUGCACGCCCUCCCUCCUCCCGACGAGCCAGCGGCGGAACAACCACCGGAUCCACGCAUUGUACAGCUUCUUGACUCCUAUGGUGACGUCUUUGAAGCCCCCGCCGGAAUCGUACCGAAUCGGCCAAUUCGCCACGAGAUCAUCCUCGAAGACGGGGCCGUACGGGCCCGUACCUCCGCGCGGAUGUAUUUACUGCAUGAGCGACGAGGAACUCGAAGUGCUUCGAACGCACUCCAUGACCUCAUUGACAAGGGCUGGAUUCGCCCUAGCUGCUCGCCCUACGGUGCACCUGCUCUCUUCGUUCGGAAGAAGAACAAGGAGCUGGGCUUAUGCAUUGACUAUCGCAAGCUUAAUGCUCAAACCAUUAAGAAUGCCCGCCCGCUUCCACGCAUCGACGAUCUUCUCGAACGUUUGGGCGGCGCCAAGUAUUUCUCCAAGUUGGACCUCAAAUCCGGUUACCACCAGCUCGAGAUCCGUCCAAGAGAUCGGUACAAAACCACGUUCAAGACACGGUACGGGCACUUCGAGUGGGUCGUAAUGCCAUUCGGCCUCACGAACGGCCUGACCACCUUCCAAGGAGCAAUGACAACGGAGUUUCGCGACAUGUUGGACCGGUUCGUGCUCAUCUACCUCGAUGACAUCCUGGUGUAUAGCCGAAGUUUGGACGAGCACAUCGUGCAUCUACGUGCUGUUUUGGACAGGCUACGUACGGCCAAGUACAAGGCCAACCGAGCCAAGUGCGAAUUCGCACAGCAAGAGCUCGAGUACUUGGACCACUUUGUGACGCCGCAAGGCAUCAGUCCGCUUGCGGACAAGAUCAAGGCCAUUCAGGAUUGGCCGGAACCGACCAACACCACGGAGGUUCGCUCUUUUAUGGGAUUGGCCAGGUACUACCAACGCUUCAUCGGAGGAUACGCACGGAUCGCCACACCUUUGUCUAGAUUGCAAUCUCCACAGGUGACCUCCCAGUUCACUGACGAAGUCCGCAGUUCGUUCCAGAAAUUGAAGACGGCGUUGCUCCUCGCUCCCGUCUUGAGUAUCUACAAUCCCACCUUGCCUACGAGAGUGACUACGAACGCUUCCGGCUACGACAUGGGUGCAGUUUUGGAACAACACGACGGAGUAGAUUGGCACCCGGUUGAGUACUUCAGCCAAAAGGUGCCUCCCAUCAACUCGGUUGAUGAUGCGCGAAAGGAGUUGCUCGCUUUCGUCACGGUACUCAGGCGUUGGCGACACUUCCUCCUCGGGCGUCGUAGGUUCACCUGGGUGACGGAUAAUAACCCAUUGACCUACUACAAGACGCAAGCCACGGUGAGCAGUACGAUUGCUCGGUGGAUGUACUUCAUCGAUCAGUUCGACUUCACAUCGAAACACAUUCCGGGCCUCUCCAACCGAGUCGCGGAUGCUCUCUCGCGAAGAUCAGAUCUUUGCGCAAUGACUCACCACGCGUUCAGUUUCGACGAAGCCCUUCAUCAGCAUUUUGUGCGAGCAUACAAGUCCGAUCCGGAAUAUGCCACGCUCUACGAGCAACUAUCCUCGGAUCACCCGCCGGCCAGCCACUAUCGCAUCGUCGAUGGCUUCCUGCUGCUGCACUUACGAGGCAAGGACUUACUAUGCGUCCCACACGACCGUCGCUUACGGACUCGUCUCCUCGGCGAGUACCAUGACUCGAGACUCGCCGGCCACCUCGGAGUCAACCAUACGAUCGCAAGACUUCGGCAGCGAUUCCGGUGGCCUGACCUCAUUACCAACGUCACUGGGUAUUGCGACUCUUGCGAAGUUUGCCGACGAAGCAAACCCCGCAAUCGCAACCCCUACGGUGAGUUACGCCCGUUGCCUAUUCCACGGGAACCCCGCCUCUCCAUUGCCAUGGACGUCACUGGCCCGUUCCCCCGGGACCGCUUCGGGCACGAUGGCAUUCUCACGGUCGUUGACCGUUUGAGCAAGUAUCCACGAUUCCUUCCUUGCAAGUACCACGCCACGGCUCCGGAACUUGCACGCCUCUUACACACCGGCUGGAUUUGCGGCCACGGCGUUCCGGAAGACAUCGUCAACGACCGCGACACUCGGUUCAUGUCGGCAUUUUGGACCUCUCUCAUGAAAGAGUCCGGCACCGAGAUGAAACCAAGUUCGGCUCGGCAUCCGCAAACGGAUGGGCAGACGUAGCGGGCACAUCAAACCGCUCAAGUAAUGCUUCGCACACUCAUCCGUACGGAUCAGAAGGAUUGGGUGGACCACCUCCCUGACAUCGA